AUGACAGUCCUCAUCCAUGACAGCCGCCACGCGUCCACGGAUGCUGCUGAGGUAGCGCUGAUGGGCCACACACGCGCGGCAAAUAGUGUUUGGUGGGCUCCACAGUGCGUGCACACACUCGUCUCGACGGGGUUUGACGGGAACGUGUUGGUCUGGGACACUCGUCGCCCGGCCUCGCCGGUGGCGACGUACGCGACUCGAGAGAUGAAGCGACUGUUCCCCGUGCAGUUUCUCGGCGAUGACCAUGUCGUCGUCGGCGUGGAUGGUGCUCUCUUGGUGUACGAUAUGAAAAGUCAUGCUGUCAAGAGUCGGGGCGACCUCGGCUACGAAGCCGACACGUUGUUGAUGGAAGAAGCGGGACUUGUUGUGGCCCAUCGGCAAACGCUGUCGUGGUUUCGAUUCGACUGA